AUGCCAGUCAUCUCAACAAAAAGCCACCCCAAUAAGUGCGACUUCUCUACCUCGACUACCCAAAAGAGGUCGGANNNNCCAGUUAAUAUUAUCGUCGACCGAGCACUAGAGGGUUCAUCAAUGGCUCAAAAGUUCGGCCCCGCUAUUAAAACUUCCCUGGAAAGGAAUGGUUUUGCGACUCUCGGUCUGAUGGGCUCGAUGAAUGCAGAGGGUUGUAAAUUAAUAACUGACGAAGUGACAGCAGACUCUAAGAAUCUUGUGCGUGACACUGCUUUGGUCCUGAGCUCAUUAACUUCUAUGAUUAGAGAGGCCAAGCAGGAGCUGGAGUUCCUUUAUCAAACGGAGCUCAACGAGGAGAAAGUGAGAACCCGUAAGGCGAUUGUGAAUUUGCCCAAGGUCAUUCGAGAAGCCCAGGAUUCCUCAUAUACCUUAUCCAUCGGGCCAAACUUGAUUGGGUCCGUGGCAUGUGUGAAGAAGGUGAUAGAUCAACCUUUGGCCUACGUUGAGUUGAAUGAGUUCCUGUUAGCGAGUCAUGCUUAUGAUGCCGACUUGGAAACGAUAACUACAGUGACUGGUGAAGUAGUACAACGCAGGAAGUCAGAUGGGAAAAAGCGGCCCAUCCACAACGUGGGGGAAUGGAACCAAUGCUUCCUACGCUACAUGAUAGCCCUACAGUUAUCGGCAACUGGCCGUAAAAGUAUUGAUUUGGGUUCGCUGCUAUCGUAUAUGUCCCAAGUCUCUCUCUUAUUUACGUGCCAUCCAAUGUCGGUGGUAUUCGAUGCAGAGGCGAGCCAUAGAAGGAGCGGCGCCAUGGCGGUUGCAGCAGGAACGGUUUCGAUGUCGCAGUUGUUUGGCUCGGAGGCUUAUGUUCGUCCCAGAUUGGACAUGGAAAUUAACAUUGCUUACAAUCAACGCCAACAGAAGAAUCGACCUUGGCAGUCUCAAACCGCGAAAGGCCUCGGAAAAGGAAAAGGCGGUAAAGGCAAGGGCGUAGGUAUUACUUCUGCCAAAGGUAAAGGCAAAGGAAAGGGCAAGUCACCCCUUCACCGAAGCGAGCCCUAUCGCACUAACGACAGACUAGAUUCUGGCACAAAGACUGUCGGACCUAGUGAUGUCUCUCAGUGA